AACAAAUCAAAAAAAAAAUCACAACACAUUUAAAGCUGCUUCAAGUUUUAUUUGAUACUAGUCUAUUUUUAUUGUGAUCAUUCCUAUCAUAUUGUAUUCAUACAACAACCAUCUAUCCAUCUAAUCUUCUUAACAAUCAAACAAUCAAACAAAAACAUAACAAUGAGUGCAACAACCAAUCAAUGGGCAAGAUUAUCAGGUGCUCAAGUGAGUAGUCAAUUGAAAAUUCCACAAGGUGAUUAUGCUAGACGUACUAAAAUUGUAGCCACCAUUGGACCUAAAACACAAACAGUUGAAGCCUUGUGUAAAUUAAUUAAAGCAGGUGUAAAUACAAUUCGUAUGAAUUUCUCACAUGGUAGUCAUGAUUUCCAUAAACAAACAGUUGUUAAUACACGUAUUGCAGCAUCACAAUGUGAUAAUGCCAUUGUUGCAUUAAUGUUAGAUACAAAAGGACCUGAAAUUAGAACAGGUUUAUUAGAACAGGAAUUUAAUCCUGAUGGUAUUGAAAUUAAGACUGGUCAAAUUAUUGAUUUCUAUUGUUGUCAAAAUACUGAAGAAUAUGCAAAUUUAAAAGGAAAAUAUUUACCUAAAAUUGAUAAUCAACAAGUUAUGAAUCAUUUAAAUAGUUUAAAUACUAUUGAUAUUUUAACUGCUAAUUUAGUUAAUCAUCAACUUCAACUUCAACAACAACAACAAGACAAUGAUGGUAAUAAUAGCAAUACUUCUAAUACUACUUCUAAUACUUCCAAUACAAAUAAUGUAACAAAUAAUACAGUUGAUAUUAUAAUGAAUCAAUUAAUGGAACAAACCAUUCCACCAACACAACAUUCAACAACCUCAACAAAGAAAUUGAUUGAUAUUUCUUUUGAACAUUCACCAGUUUCAAUUACAAUUGAUUAUAAGAAUAUGUAUAAAGUAUUAAAGAGAGGAGAUGAAAUUCUAGUUGAUGAUGGUUUAAUUGCAUGUCGUGUCAUUGAAAUUGAAAAGACAAUUAUUCGAUGUGUUGCAUUGAAUGGUGGAUUAAUUGGUGAAAAGAAGGGAUGUAAUUUACCAGGUGUUAUUGUUGAUUUACCAGCAUUAACUGAGAAGGAUAUUGGUGAUUUGAAAUUUGCAGUUCAACACAAUGUUGAUUUUAUUGCUGCUUCUUUUAUUAGAAAAGCACAAGAUGUUUUAGAUAUUAGAAAAUGUUUAGGAUCACGUGGUCAGGAAAUUAAAAUUAUUUCCAAAAUUGAAAAUCAAGAAGGAUUAGAUAAUUUUGAUUCAAUUCUUCAAGUGAGUGAUGGUAUUAUGGUUGCCAGAGGAGAUAUGGGUGUUGAAAUUCCAUUAGAACAAGUAACAUUGGCACAAAAAAUGAUUAUUGCCAAAUGUAAUAUUCAUGGUAAACCUGUUAUUACUGCAACACAAAUGUUAGAAUCAAUGAUUAAAAAUCCGAGACCAACACGUGCCGAGGUGACAGAUGUUGCUAAUGCUGUAUUUGAUGGUACUGAUAGUGUCAUGUUAUCAGGUGAAACUGCUAAGGGUGAUUAUCCUGUUGAAGCUGUUCAAACAAUGUCACGUAUUUGUACAACAAGUGAAUGUUUAUUAGAUGAGAGAAAAACAUUUAAUAUGAUUAGAGAUGCUGUUUUGGAAUUGAAAGGUAAAAUUUCAGUCACUGAAACUAUUGCUUCAAGUGCUGUUAAAACUGCCAAUGAUGUUCAAGCUGGUUUAAUUAUUACAAUCACUGAAACUGGUAAUACUGCUAGAUUAGUAAGCAAAUAUAGACCAAAUCCACCAUGUAUUGCUGUUACUCAAAAUAAGUCAACUGCACGUCAAUUAAUGAUUUCACGUAAUGUUUUCCCUGUCGUUGUUGGUUCUGUCAUUGGUACUGAAACUGUUAUUGCUCGUACCAUUGAAAGUGCAAAGGAAAAGAAAUAUGUUGAAGAGGGUCAAUACGUUGUUGUUACAAGUGGUCACAUUGAAGGUGUUGCUGGUCAAACUAAUAUUUUAAAGGUUUUCACUGCUUAAUUGUAUAUUUAUAUUUAAAUAAUAAUAUGAUAUCAUAUGUAUCAUUCUAUAGUAGAUUUAUAUAAUAAAUAAUAUUUGUAACAAUUUUAAUGUUCUACAAAUAUUAUUGAUUCAUUUC